GUCAGGUUAAGCGUGAUCAUGGUCUCCUCCGGCUGCGCGCUCAUGGUUCUGAUGGUCGCUCAGGUGCUCUUUGGAGACUCCAGUGGACUCGUUCCUCAGGUCGGUCGCUCCUCGUUGUCCCAGGACGUCUUACAUGCCUUUGAACUUCGGCUUCUGAACAUGUUUGGACUCAAACACAGACCUGUUCCCAGCAAGUCUCCGGUGAUUCCGCAGUACAUGCUGGACCUGUACUCGAUGCACUCGGUGAACGCGGAGCAGAGUAACAGCUACCGACCCAAAGUCUCCGCGGGGAAAGGUUCAGAAAGAUCCGCGAGCCGCGCAAAUACAAUCAGGAGCUUCCACCACGAUGAAUCUAUGGAAGAUCUGUCCAGUUCAAGUGGAAAAACGACUCAACGGUUCAUAUUCAACCUGAGCUCGGUCCCCAGCGAGGAGUCGGUGACAUCAGCAGAGCUGCGGAUAUUUCGAGAGCAGGUGACCAAUGGCAGCACGGGAUACCACCGAAUAAACAUUCACGAAAUCAUCAAACCUUCUGGAACCUCUAAAGAGGCAAUCACGAGACUCCUGGACACCCGGCUGGUUCAGCACAGCUUGAGUAAAUGGGAAAGUUUUGACGUCAGUCCCGCCAUCCUGAGGUGGACAGCGGACGGGCACCCUAACCACGGCUUCGUGGUGGAAGUGGUUCACCCGGACGGCGAGGAGGAGAACUCCAAAAAGCACGUUCGCAUCAGCAGAUCCCUGCACGACAGGGAGGACACGUGGCCACAAAUGAGGCCGCUCUUGGUGACCUACAGCCACGACGGCAAAGGCAGCGUGCUUCACGCUCGAGAGAAACGCCAAGUACGGACAAAUAAACAGAGGAAGAAGCACAAAGCGACCUGCAAGAGACACUCGCUCUACGUAGACUUCAGCGACGUGGGCUGGAACGACUGGAUAGUCGCCCCGCCGGGUUACCAUGCGUUUUACUGUCAGGGGGAGUGCCCGUUUCCUCUUGCGGACCACCUGAACUCCACCAACCACGCUAUUGUACAGACACUGGUGAACUCCGUGAACAACAACAUUCCCAGGGCCUGCUGCGUUCCCACGGACCUGAGCCCCGUUUCUCUGCUCUACCUGGAUGAAUAUGAGCGAGUGAUCUUAAAAAACUACCAGGACAUGGUUGUGGAGGGCUGCGGGUGCCGCUGACCCCUCAGACAUUUACAGACGCUUGAGUUUUCCCAAUACUAAACUUUAUUUAUAAUAAAGUCAAACACAUAUUUUGGAAAAGUAUAUAAAGAUAUAUUUAUGUUCACUACUGGGAAAAUAAAUAUUUUAAUCAGAGUUCAGAAACUGAUCAGUUCCACAGCAUUUAUAUUUUACAUAUUUAUUUAUUUUAUAAAUGUUUUUAAUGCAUAAGGUUGAAAAUUGUACAUGUUUUUAAGUAUGCCGAAUGCAAGAGAAAAUGCACUUGAUGGCAAAGCUAAAGUAAGAAAGCAUAUCGAACCAUCCAAACAAACAUGCAGUUGAAGUCGCCGGGUUUUGAGUUAACCUGCUGUAAAUGUGAACGGGAGUUAUUUAGUAGCAAUGUGACGGGUAGUUAACACUGAUUGUUCAGGUAAUCAGCCGGGUGAGUCUCAGUUUAGUCUCUCAGAAUGAGCUCUUGAGAUCUCGGAGACAAUGGCCGGCCGGGUCGGUUGUGUGAUUUCCUCCAGCUUUAUAUUGAGGUGAACUAAUGAAGAGUCGUUCACAAGAGCCGAGUUAUAUUAGAGGGAUGUUGUUUAACGA